GGGGGCUCAUCACCACCAACGACCUCCUGUUCCAUCCCUUCAGCAACCCCAGCCGUUCCCUGAGCUUCUCGCCGGUGCUGGAGUCGCAUUCCGGCACCUACCGCUGCGACGUGCAGGUGCUGAGCUCCUUCCAGCUCGUCAAGAGGAUCUACUUCGGCCUCAGGGUGAUCCCCAGGGAUCUGGUGAAUCUGGACUUCGAGAAAUCCCUGACUUGGGAGCAGCAGCUGGCGGCCAAAGGGUUGGAAGUGCCGGAAAACGCCACGGGGCCCCGGGAGCGGCGGGAGCGUUUUUGGGAGAAGCAGUGGUUUUCCGAGGUCGUGCUGGGAAUUGGGAGCGGGGUGAUCAUGGGGACUGUGUUCGGCCUCGGGCUCUGCUGCCUGGGCAGGGUUUGUGGGAAAAGAGCAGCACGAGAAAUGAACGGAGAUUGACGCAAUUCCCCGGCUUUGGCUCUUUGUUAG